CGACGCUGCUGCUGCUUGACAACCGCAUUGAGGGGAAUAGGUACGCACUUCAUUUCCCCGUUGUUGUUGUUGUUGAUGGUGGCGGGAUCAUUGUGAAGGGAAAUGUACUGAGGACAGCGGGAAAUAAUGGUGCAGAAUUAGCCAUUUGCGUUCAUGCUGUUGACGUGAAGAACGGCGGCUACUUUGACGUGGAGAACAACGCGAUGAGUGCGGUCGUAGGCGUUUGGUUUGUGAAGAUGGCCACUGUGAGCACCGCGGGGCUGCUGAGAGUGGCGGACUGCACGUUCAUUGGCAAGAAAUAUUUUUUUGAUCCCGCGCUGGUGUAUUUAUCGAACUCUCUCAUCCUUCAGGGUGGAGCGCAGUGGCGUGUGGAGGGCAACAACGUGAGUGCGGCCUCAGUAUUAAGUAUAUCGCAUCCCCAGCAGAAAAUUAGGCUGUCGGGCAGCGGCACCACCGUGGUGCUUGCACACAACCGUCAGGUGGAAGGAAGUGCAGUCUUUGCCAAACUUCUUCCACCGAACACGAUUUUGGCGUCGCCCGCGCGAUUUGUGGUGGGGUGCAACCUGCACGAGGAAGGGAAGGAGGUGUCGUACGACGGUGUGUUUCCGGAGGGUGUGGAGCUGUUCAGGUGUGGCACGUGCAACGAGGACGCGGCGUGCUACCUGCCCGGGACGGAGUCGGUGGACCGCAGCUCGUGCUCGUGCAGCUGCAAGGGCGGAUGGCAUGGCGCGUCGUGUCUUCCCUUCGAGGUGCCCGACACGGUUGUGCCGCCCGUGGCGGAGAGAGCCGUCGACGGUGACACGAGCUGCGUGGUGAACCAGACGCUGACGAGCCUCACGCUGAACAUGUGGAAGACGCACCACUGCUUCUUAGGUGUCACAUUCAGCGGCGUGGGUGCCGUGCUGACGUUCUCUCUUAACAGUAUGCCGCUGCAUCUCCCCAUCAACAUCACGCUUACUGGGUGCACGUUCCUUUACGGGGCUGUGCUGCAGUUUGUUGGGGGUGCUGAGGCGGCCGAGUCAUCCGGCGUCCUGAUCCGCGUGGGCCGGACGGUGAUGCGGUCCUCUGUAGUUGUGUUUGCACUUGCUCUUCCACAGCACUGCGACAUCGCCGUCACGGAGGUUGACGCGGUGCAGUUAUCUGUCGUCGACAUACCGGACACUACGAGCAGAACGCUGAGCGUAUUGUUACUGAGGAACGUCGUGUUGGCUGCUUCUUCGCUGUUGGUCAGCAACGUCAAUGCGCAUUCCUUGAGGUACGGUGGGUUUGGUUUGUACUCGGUUGGGACUCUGACGCUGGUGGGUGGCAGCUCGCUGUACGCGCGUUACUGCAGCUUUGAUGGGUACGAACACCUGUUCUACGUGUACAGGCUCAGUGUCCGCAAUCACUCUGUUUUUGCACUGCUCAACAACAUGAUGUCCUCCGGGACAAGCUUCCUGUAUCAGCACCAAGAAUUCAGCGUGUCGAAUCACAGCGUGUUGCGCGUGGUGGGGAACAGCGGCUCCGUGUCCUACGCCACCUAUAACGAUGGAUUGUGGACCGUCGAGCAGUCAGGCUGGCUGGAUUGGCGC